AGGAAGCGUCGGUCAUUAGCGACAGAAUGUAAACGACUGUAGGAUGUCGGUAGGCUUGGCAAACUUCUUGUCUUCAAAUUCCUACUUCAAUUAAAGUCAUAUUACUUUCAAUUCGGAGGGCACUUAAACGUAACUUUAGCGAUAUUUUACGUUUUGACAUGUUCAUCAAGUGCAGCGUUUGUGUAGAAAUAGUCAACAGUGGGAAUGACACAGUGAGUUGAUCUAAUGCUAUAUUUUAGCUUCAGUACUGUUUAUCCACUGUAAACUACAACACUGGCGCUGAAAGUAUUAAUUUUCAUCCGUAUGAGGUCUAGUGUCUUAUGAUGGCGUGGUAUUAAGGCAAAGUGGUUGUGUCAGGAUUUCCCCUUGACGAGUAGUCAUGGAAAACGAAGAACUUCAGCAGAUAAUGCAUGUGCUCAACUCGCUGGUGUCUUGGGUGGCGGCCGGGGCAAUGAUGUUCGGUGGAGUGGUUCCAUAUAUUCCCCAGUACCGAGACAUCCGGCGAACACAGAAUGCUGAGGGCUUCUCCACCUACGUGUGCUUGGUUCUGCUGGUUGCCAACAUUCUUCGAAUCCUCUUCAGAUUUGGCCGUUACUUUGAGACGCUGCUACUAUGGCAGAGCAUCAUAAUGAUCGCCACUAUGCUGGCCAUGCUCAACCUGUGCACCAACGUCCGUGUGACCGCUGAACUCAACACUAAAAGACGGUCCUUUCUAGACUUUGACUGGAACUACUUCUGGUUGUGGAGCCGCUUCCUUGACUAUGUCCAGUGUGUGGCAGCCUUCACGCUGACUGCGGCGUACAUCACCUACGUCCUGCUAGACUCGGCCUUAUUCGUAGAGAUGCUUGGCUUCCUGGCUGUUUUCAGUGAGGCCAUGCUGGGAACACCACAGCUCUACUGCAACUAUCAGAACAAGUCUACAGAAGGCAUGAGUGUCAAGAUGGUUCUGAUGUGGACGGGUGGCGACACCUUCAAGACAGGCUACUUUCUGCUCACCCAAGCACCCGUGCAGUUCUGGACUUGUGGAAUGCUUCAGGUUCUGGUGGACUUAUCCAUCCUCUUCCAGGUUUUCUACUAUAGCUUCUACCCACAAAAGCCGGUGUCGCACACCACCUCCCAUACCACAAGUGCCAAAGCCCUUUGAGAUCUGAGUAUGUUGGUGUCUGCACCAAUGCUUUGAGAACUUGUUACAAGUAAACCCAACGCGGUUUUGAAUAUUUAUCAUCUUACAAAUGCUCAAUGUAAAACCACAUUAUGCUUUGCUUCCUGGAAUGCACAAGUGGCAAAUGCCAUCGAUAAAAGACAUCUGAAUAUCAGAGAUUCAGGAAGGUCACAAUGAAGAAAUUUUCAUCAUUUUUUUUUUCUUCGCAUACUAGCUCCUUUCAGAGGCGUAACGGAAGAUCUGGCAUUUAGCCACCUUUCCCUCCUUUCAUUUUAAUACUCCCCCAAAAGGCAGUAGAUCCCUGGAUCGAUAUGAAGCAGCAACCUGAAAAAACGCUUUGUGAAAGGGGCUAUUUAUUCCCAAAAAUACCCUUAAAGGCCUAGAAAAAGGUCUUGUCCAAUCUUACCCCAAACCUUGGAAGCAUAGAAUCAUCCAAAAUAUAUAAUGAUGGAAACACAAACCCCUAGUCAUGACCACAACCUGAAUCUCUAUCCUUACACAAAACUAUACAGCCUGACCUCAUCUCUGUGAAAUCUGCAUGUAGAGAAUCUUUGCACUCUGUAUGCGUUUACUGAACUCUAUGGACCAGUUUUUGAGGGGAAGGCAUGCGGAUUGACUGUUGCAUGCCCCUCCCUCUGCCUUAAUGCACACCACGGCUCGCUGCGCACUCGAUUCAAUCUGAAUGCAUUACUGAAUGUAUGAAAUGACAUUUGCUGUUUGUUUGAGGUUUUUUUGCACUGUCUGCACUGGCCAGAUUUACCACUUCUUGGCCUCACGGUCCCCAUGUGACCUCUCAGAACAGUUAAAAGAGCCGAGAGUAUUAAACAAGAGUCUAUCAAAAAGAACUAUCACCUCGGGCUAAAUCUCUGUUCAACCAGUUUGGGACUUUUGCCGAAAAGGACCUCUUGAAGAUCAAUGGCCAACAGUGUGAAGGAAGAGCCAAGAAUUGAUGAACUGAACUGUUGAAUUAUACUCACUGCAGGUGUCAAAGACAUAUUACAAGUCGUUUCCAUAUAUCUUCUCUGCCAUCAUAGCCAAUGACCGUUAAUUCGUUUUUUUCUUCACAUCAUUUCAUGAGGGCUGUAUUCCAUAUCCAUUUUCUUCUGUAGAAAUUCAUUUCCUGUUCUUUGGCGGUGGCUGUAAGCUAUACACGGAAAUAACCCCCUCUUCUAUUAUUAUUAUUAUUAUUAUUAUUAUUAUACAAAUCAUAUUUCUCUGUUGCUGUUUUUGCUGUCCCACCCACACCAGCCAUAUAUUGCUUUAAGGAAUUGUUAGGUUACAAUGUUAUUCAGAUUUUUGCAGGUUCUUGAUUAGUCAAUAGCGGUUACAUUUUUUUGUUCAAUCUUUAUUGUUUGUUCUAGUUAUUAUUAUUUUUUUUUAUUUUUUUUUUUACAUUUUUACAUUUUGCAUUGCUUUACAGUCUAAAAACACUCAUACCAAAAGUAUGCUGAAAAAAUGUACUUGUAUGUUACAUGUGUUUUCAGACUUAUGUAUGUUACUCCUAAUGCUUCUUUUUUUUUUUGUUUACCUCUGGAACAUCCACCAACAAUGAAGUGACUAGAAUGGACCAAAUAAAGAGGACAUGGAGAGGCUCA